AUGCAUCUUUCCAUCCUACUUCUCUUCAUCCUGUUGAGAGCAAUGAGUGCUCAGUUUCCUCGGCAGUGCGCCACAGUUGAUGCACUGACUAGAGGUGAAUGUUGUCCAGACCUGUCUCCAGUGGUGAUUCCUGGGACAGACCGCUGUGGGUUGUCUUCUGGAAGGGGUGAAUGUGUACAAGUGAUGGCAGAUUCACGACCCCAUGGACCCCAGUACAUGCAUGAUGGUCGGGACGACCGCGAAGAAUGGCCUCUACGUUUCUUCAACCGAACCUGCAGGUGCAAUAGAAAUUUCUAUGGCUACAACUGUGGGUCCUGUCAACCUGGCUGGAGUGGACCCGCCUGUGACCAUCCGACACAAAUAGUCAGAAGAAACCUCCUGGAUCUGAAUGAUGAGGAGAGAAGUCGGUUCUUAAGAGUCUUGCAGCAGGCCAAGAACACCGUGCACCCAGACAUUGUGAUUGCCACAAGGAGGCGUGAGGAGAUCAUGGGCCCAGGGGGAAAUACACCACAAUUUGAAAAUGUGACCAUUUAUAAUUACUUUGUGUGGUCCCACUAUUACUCGGUCAGAAAAACUUUCCUUGGGCCAGGUCAGCAGAGUUUUGGUGGGAUAGAUUUCUCCCAUGAAGGGCCAGCAUUCCUCACCUGGCACAGAUACCAUCUACUGCAGCUAGAGAGAGACAUGCAGGAUAUGAUUCAGGAUCCCUCUUUUGCACUUCCCUACUGGAACUUUGCAACAGGUAGAAACACCUGUGACAUCUGCACAGAUGAUCUAAUGGGAGCUAGAAGCAACUUCGAUGCCUCUCUUAUAAGCCCAAACUCAAUCUUCUCUCAAUGGAAUGUUCUGUGUGAAAAUAUUGAUGACUACGAUACUCUGGGAACCAUUUGCAACAGCACAGAAGGUGGCCCAAUCAGACGAAAUCCGGCUGGAAAUGUUGCUCGGCCAAUGGUGCAGCGCCUCCCUGAGCCACAGGAUGUUGCUCUUUGCUUAGAAGUCGGCUUAUUUGAUACGCCUCCCUUCUAUUCAAAUUCAACGGACAGCUUUCGUAAUACACUGGAAGGCUACAGCAAUCCCUCUGGAAAGUAUGAUCCAGCAGUACGCAGUCUGCACAACCUAGCUCAUCUGUUUUUGAAUGGGACUGGAGGGCAAACCCACUUGUCCCCAAAUGACCCUAUUUUUGUCCUCCUGCACACUUUCACCGAUGCUCUCUUCGAUGAAUGGCUGAGAAGGCACAAUCAUGAUAUCUCAAUAUACCCACUGGAGAAUGCCCCCAUUGGACAUAACAGACAGUACAACAUGGUACCCUUCUGGCCUCCUGUGACCAACAAUGAGAUGUUUGUUACAGCACCAGAAAAUCUGGGCUACAGUUAUGACAUUCAGUGGCCAACUCGGGCCCUCCAGAUCACUGAAAUCAUAUCCAUUGCCAUUGUGGCUGCACUGAUCCUGGUUGCAAUUGUAUUUGUCAGUGCUACAUGCAUAGUGUAUGCCAGGAGAAAAAGAGAUGAAUUUCAUCAGCCUCUUCUCACUGACCAGUAUCAGUCCUACUCAGAUGAUUACGACAGCAUACCAACCCCAAGCCAGUCUGUGGUGUGA